GGUGCCCAGGGCCCAAACAAGUUCAUUCUUCUGAGUGGGAGUGGCAACAAGUGGGACUAUGGAGCUGAUCCUCAGUCUGCUGCUGAAGCGGCUGCUACAAGGAGUACAGAAGGACAUACAGUCAAAGCUGAAGCUACACGCAGUUUCCCAGUGAAUAAGGAUGUAAACUGCGGUCCCUUUGACGACAGCCUUACCGACCUUAAGUGGUUGGGUAGGAUGAGCACAUGUGCCUUGGAGCCAAACUCUACAAAGCAGCUCAGCAGCAAGGAGAACCAGAACUCUUUACAGACUUUUGAGGCACACAAUACACAUACCGGUGCAGAAGCUCCUCAGCAACCCAUUUCAGAGAGGCCACCAUACUCCUACAUGGCCAUGAUCCAGUUUGCUAUCAAUAGCAGAAAGAACAGGAGGAUGACCCUCAAAGAGAUUUGCAUGUGGAUUGAGAACAACUUCCCUUACUAUAGAGAUGUGGCCAAACCAGGCUGGAAGAAUUCCAUCCGCCAUAACCUCUCUGUGCAUGACAUGUUCAUUCGUGAAACGUCUCCAGAUGGUAAAAAGUCUUUCUGGACUAUCCGACCUGAAGCCAAUCGAUGCCUCACACUUGAUCAUGUGUACAAGGUGAGUGCAGCUGACUCGUUGCUUUUACAUCGGUGA